AGCAAUGUGGGGUUGAAGACGAUGAAGAUUGAUGCCCUAACAGUCAUUGGGCAAUGCCACUGACUUCAUCGUUGCAAGGGCCAGACGCACGCUUGACGCUUUCCAACACAUCAACACCUUGAACCGUUGAUCGCUUACCAGGCAUCGUCUACCAGGGCAUGCUCCUGAGGUGACAUCUGAUGCGUUGACAGCGUUGUCUGCCCAGACCCCACACUUUCCCAUCUCCUCCUUUUUCUCAACCAUCUUCAACUGUCCAUGGUUCCUACCCUGUUGGUAGCGAGGACUGCCACCCCCGUCCUCUGCUCGCUCUUAUAAAAGGCGGUCUGCCACAUUGAGUCGACGCUUUAGUGGCCUCAGACGGUCGCCGCUGUCGAAAGAAAUUCCAGCCGCGAAUUUCUUCCCUACAGCAUGGCCACAUCGAACGACAAGACUGGACCAAUGGCUCACAACGAAGAUGUCGAAAUAGGUCGACCUUCCAAGGACAUCGUUGAACGAAUCCAUGGCGAUCGCGCUCUUGCGAUUGUGGGAUCUGGUCGAAUCGAACUCACCGAGGAGGAUAACAAACGAAUUCGCCGCAAGACCGACAGAGUCAUUCUGAUCGUCCUGGUCUGGGUCUACUUCCUCCAAAUCCUGGACAAAUCCGUGCUCGGUUACGGCGCACUUUUCGGGUUGGAAACAGACACCCACUUGACGGGCAACGAAUAUUCUUUCCUGGGUUCCAUUGCUCCCAUCGCACAACUCGCAUGGCAACCCUUCUCGUCCUUUCUGAUUGUCAAAGUCCCUCAUCGGAUUCUGAUGCCCGUUCUCUGCCUCGGCUGGGGUAUCGCUCAAGCUUCAAUGGCUGCAUGCCACGACUACAGCUCUCUUUUGGCGGCGCGAUUCUUUCUUGGUCUCUUUGAGGGCGGUUGUCUGCCACUGUUCUCUGUCAUUACCAGUCAAUGGUACCGUCGAUCUGAGCAGCCGAUACGUGUCGCUGCAUGGUACGGCACCAACGGUAUCGCCACGAUUGUUGCUUCGGCAUUGUCAUACGGCCUGGGGAGCAUCAAAUCCCACGUCCUCGCGGAAUGGCAGAUCAUUUUUCUUUUCGUCGGGUUGGUGACCAUCCUGUCUGCGCCAGUCGUUUGGUGGUUCCUCGACAACGAUAUUCCAUCAGCUCGAUUCUUGACCGAACCCGAAAAGGCACAGGCCAUUGAACGCUUGCGUGCCAAUCAAACCGGUACUGGCAACAGAGAGUUCAAGUGGUCUCACAUCGCCGAACUAGCCAUGGAGCCAAAGACCUACCUUUGGAUCGGGAUGUCUCUGUGCCUGAAUGUGGGAGCCUCCGUUACAAACACCUUUGGUCCCCUCAUUCUCUCGGGUGUCGGCUUCGACAAGUACAAGACAUCUCUGCUUAACAUCCCCUUUGGCGCCAUGCAAUUCAUAGUCAUUCUCCUGGCAUCAUACUUGGCACAAAAAGCCAAACUCAAAUCGGCCGUCCUCGCCAUAUCCAUGCUCCCGGUUGUUGCAGGUCUGGCAGUUCUCUAUGUCCUACCUCGGAAGUCCAGUGAGACGGGAGGAUUGCUUGUGGCCUACUAUCUGUUGGCCUUCCUCUUUGGUGGGAAUCCUUUGAUCGUCUCCUGGAUCGUCGGCAAUACUGCAGGCAGCACCAAGAAAUCCGUCAUGAUGUCCCUAUACAACGCUGGCUCCUCGGCUGGCAACAUUAUCGGUCCACUGCUCUUCGCCAAGAAGGACGCUCCGGCGUAUCACCCAGGCUUGCGCAAAACGCUGGCAGUGUUCAUCACUCUUGUGGCAGUUGUUCUCAUGCAGCUGGCCGUCUUGAUCUUCCUGAACAAGCUUCAAUCCCGAAAGAGGGUGAAAAAUGGAAAGUCUGCUGUUAUCAAGGACCAUUCGAUGGAAGAUAGGUAUGUCGCCAUGGAGGAGGUUGAUGGUGGGCAAAGGCUGGGCGACAAGGCCUUCUUGGAUCUGACUGACUGCAAGAAUGACGAGUUCACGUAUAUUUAUUGAUGGAUAUAUCGGCGGUAUGGAUAUUCUGUGGUCGGUCAGAAGCUAUUGGGCUUCAAUAAUGCCAUGAGCGUUGCAGGUGCACAACUUUGGACAGUCGUUUCAAGCAUUUCCAGCCUCGAUUCUUCAGCCCAUGUUCGAUGUCGUCCGAUAUAUAUAUAUAUAUAUAUACACUUCAUCUUACAUGAUCUCCACCGUGGAGCCUUUCAUCG